AUGAUCCAGGCUGCUUGGACCUGGGCUUCUAACACCAACAACCUUCGGCGAAGUUGUGUGCACGGGGAAGAGGAAGCGCGGCUUGUCCUGACGGACGCCUUCGAAGCGAAUGAUGUUACAUCCCAUGAGACCUCGUACAACAGGGCCAUAGAUGUGCAGGAUGAGAAUGGUACUUUGUUGGACACAGAUGUGCCACAUGUUGAUGCCAAUGCCUCGGUCAUCACGAGCGGAGUUGGCUCCGCAGCCGCAGCUUCCUCCGUGGCGCAAGCAGAGCAGUCAUUCAACGACGUCUUGCUGAAGCUCUUCGCAGAAACCACGAAGCAGGACCUCAUUCUCAACAACUACGUGGUUCGUGCAAGGCUACACAGCUAA